GCCAGGCGGAGCCAAAGAUGCUGGCUUCUGCCACGCUGCCCCUCCUGGGCUCCCAGCCGCCUCCGGCCUUGCCCUUCCCGCUGCUGCUGCUGGCGAUGCUGAGCGGCCCGGUAUCCGGCCGCGUCCCCCGCUCGGUGCCCAGGACCUCGCUUCCUAUCUCCGAGGCUGACUCCUACCUCACGCGGUUCACUGUCCCGCAGACAUACAAUUACUCUGUCCUCCUUGUGGAUCCUGCUUCCCAUAUACUUUAUGUUGGCGCCCGGGACACCAUCUUUGCUUUAUCCCUGCCCUUCUCAGGGGAGAGACCCCGCAGGAUUGACUGGAUGGUGCCUGAGGCCCACAGACAGAACUGUAGGAAGAAAGGCAAGAAGGAGGAUGUGUCCAGUUUCCAGCAGGUUGAAAGACUUGAGAAUGGCCGGGGGAAAUGUCCUUUUGAGCCAGCUCAGCGGUCAGCAGCUGUAAUGGCUGGGGGUGUCCUCUAUGUCGCCACUGUGAGAAACUACUUGGGGACGGAGCCGAUUAUCUCCCGGGCUGUGGGUCGUGCCGAGGACUGGAUUCGGACAGAGACCUUGCCGUCCUGGCUUCACGCCCCAGCCUUUGCUGCAGCCGUGGCCUUGAGCCCAGCCGAGUGGGGGGAUGAAGACGGAGAUGAUGAGAUCUACUUCUUCUUUACGGAGACUUCCCGAGCAUUUGACUCAUAUGAGCGCAUUAAGGUCCCACGGGUGGCCCGUGUGUGUGCGGGGGACCUUGGGGGCCGGAAGACCCUCCAGCACAGAUGGACGACAUUUCUGAAGGCUGACCUGCUAUGUCCAGGGCCUGAGCAUGGCCGGGCCUCCAGCGUCCUGCAGGACGUGGCCAUUCUCCGACCUGAGCAUGGAUCGGAGACCCCCAUCUUUUACAGCAUCUUUUCCUCCCAGUGGGAGGGGGCGGCCAUCUCUGCUGUCUGUGCCUUCCGGCCACAGGACAUUCGGACAGUGCUGAGUGGUCCCUUCAGAGAGCUGAAACAUGACUGCAACAGGGGACUGCCUGUCAUGGACAACGAUGUACCCCAGCCCAGGCCUGGAGAGUGCAUCAACAACAACAUGAAGCUCCAGCAGUUUGGCUCAUCACUCUCCCUGCCUGAUCGUGUGCUCACCUUCAUCCGGGACCACCCCCUUAUGGACAGGCCAGUGUUUCCAACGGAUGACCAUCCCCUGCUCGUCACUACGGAUACAGCCUAUCUCAGAGUUGUGGCCCACAGGGUGACCAGCCUCUCAGGGAAAGAGUACGAUGUGCUCUACCUGGGGACAGAGGACGGACACCUCCACCGAGCAGUGCGGAUUGGAACCCAGCUCAGCGUCCUGGAGGAUCUGGCCUUAUUCCCGGGGCCACAGCCAGUUGAGAGUAUGAAAUUGUAUCAAAGCUGGCUCCUGGUGGGCUCCCGUACUGAGGUGACACAAGUGAGCACAACCAACUGUGGCCGUCUCCAGAGCUGCUCAGAGUGCAUUCUGGCCCAAGACCCUGUCUGUGCCUGGAGCUUCCGGCUGGAUGCAUGUGUGGCCCACGCUGGGGAGCAUGGAGGGCUGGUCCAAGACAUAGAGUCAGCAGAUGUCUCUUCUUUGUGUCCCAAAGAGCCUGGAGAACGCCCAGUAGUGUUUGAAGUUCCCGUGGCUACAGCGGCACAUGUGGUCUUGCCAUGUUCCCCAAGUUCAGCAUGGGCGUCCUGUGUGUGGCACCAGCCCAGUGGAGUGACUGCACUUACCCCUCGGCGGGAUGGGCUAGAGGUGGUGGUAACCCCAGGCGCCAUGGGUGCUUAUGCCUGCGAAUGUCAGGAGGGUGGGGCGGCCCGUGUGGUAGCUGCUUACAGCUUGGUGUGGGGCAGCCAGCGGGCCCCCCCAAGUCGGGCCCACACAGUGGGGGCUGGACUGGCCGGCUUUCUCCUGGGGGUUCUUGCAGCAUCCCUGACUCUCCUUCUGAUCGGUCGGCGUCAGCAGCGACGGCGACAGAGGGAACUUCUGGCUAGAGACAAGGUGGGCUUGGACCUAGGGGCCCCACCAUCUGGGACGACGAGCUACAGCCAGGACCCUCCCUCACCUUCUCCUGAAGAUGAACGGCUGCCCCUGGCCCUGGCCAAGAGGGGCAGUGGCUUUGGUGGCUUCCCUCCACCCUUCCUGCUCGAUCCUUGCCCGAGCCCAGCCCACAUUCGGCUUACUGGGGCUCCUCUAGCCACAUGUGAUGAAACGUCCAUCUAGGGCAAGUGACCACUAGUGCACAGGUGACUGCUGGAGGGGGAUGACCAUCGAGAUGCUGGGGGUACUGGGCCUGGAAGACGGUCAUGGGCUCUGAGUUCUCUUUGGUCUUUGCGUCAUCACUUAGACUUCUGUGUCUGCCCUCUUGGGACCUGGCUGGGCUCGGGUCCAAGCCUGUGCUUGAUUUCCUGAUUCCCAUGAGAGACUAGAGCUACUGUCUCCAGUGAAUCAGGACUUUUCCCACCUCUGCCCUCUGAACCGCUGCGACCCCUUCAGCCUUGGCCUCUUCUCUUCGGGGUUGGGGUACAGGACAUAGCUCUGACUUUGCCUUCUGGUAGGCCCUGGCUGGAAGGAAGAGCACUAGAGGUGGUGGGGGGCUAGUGUGCAUUAAGUCCUUUUGUUCAUUCUCUUAGUUUAUCGGAUUCUCUGUGGGGAGUGCAUGAUCCCCGUGUUGCAACAUGAAAUCUCUGCCCUGAGAUGUCCCCCAACCCAGUUAGUUGCCCUUCUUCCAUGAAAGAGUGUGUGUCAAUAUGCAGGUGUUUUUGGGAGGCCUGGCCACAUGUGCAUGCAUGACUGGGCCAGUGCUCUGGUGUACCCCUGGGGGGUCGGGCCCGGUGCUCGGGUGUACCACUGGGGGGGUCAGGUGGGGGAAGAUGGGAAUGAGGCAUUGCCUGCAGCACUUCAGACCCUGUAGCCAGUGAAGGAAUGGUUUUCCUUUCUAAAAGGAAACAAACCACCACCCCGUCCCCAUCACCUCCCACAACCCUUCUCUUGAGUAGAGGAAAAACUCCCAAAGUGACCUUUUGGGUGGGAGGGACAAUGGUACACAUGACCCCAUCAUUUUCUUUGUUUUUGCCUCCCGGCUGCCACCACUGCCACAUACAGCUGUUCUUUCUCUGGCUGGAGUAUAGGCUGGACCCCCUUCUUCGGCUCCCGUUAAAAAAACUUCACAACAUUCUAAGUAUUAAGGGACAACAAAAGGGGAACAGUCAUAGGAAAUACAAGUUGCAUAAAAAUAGGUUUGUAUCAGUGACUUUACUCAGGUUGACACCCUUGCCCUAAGUCAGAAGUUCUCCACUUGGGGUCCAUGGACUCCCUGAAAUCGAUGCAAAA